UUCAGCGUUCAGACAUUCUUAAAAGACAAUCACAAAAAAGCCCCGAUGGUAAAUUAGAAUGUAUAAGCAUGGAAAGUACACCAGGUGAAUAUUAUUUCAUAUCUGACGGAAACCCAGCAGUGUGUGGACUGUACAUGAUUGGAGAUACCGAUAGCUUAGUGGAAAUCGAAUUUGAAGAAUUUAAUAUAGGCUGCGAAAGUGGAGGUUUGUUGGCGGUGGUGGAUGGGUGGGAACUGCAGGGAGAAUUCUUUCCGAACAUCGACGAUACCGGAGAAUCAUUCGAGGAGCGCUAUUCGACAUACUGUGGACAAAACAAGCCGGCGCGAAUUUACAUGGCGGAUCAAAACGUGGCCUUGCUGCAGUUCUUCGUGCCACAGGAAGGUCAAGGAUUCAGGGUCAAGGUCAGAUUCUUGAGAAACCCUCAACCUUGCAACACGAUAUCGAUGUACAAAGAAGCCGUGGCGACGAUUAAGAAUUACGGACAGAAACGGAACUGCACGAUGUCGAUAAUCUACCCGGAAAAUGUUCUCCUCCUGUCCGUCGACGUCGGAUCGUCCAUCAAGGGGCGUGGCUCCGAAAUAGAGAGCGGGCUGUCUGUUCGGUGUGAGAACUCGGCAGGGAGUGACCACGUGGAGUUCCUGUACGGCGGUGGACUGGACACCGAGCUGAUGAACCGGAGAAUGUUCUUCUGUGGCGUUCGAUCCAAAUCAGCUCGAAGACGUGUCCUCCUCGGCUGCCAGAACUCUGCUGUUCGACUGGUUUCCAGUGGGAUGUUCUACAACUCGAUAACCUUCUCUUUUGUCCAGCCGUCGCCAGACCAACUAGCCCGGUUCGGCAAUGACAAAUGUUGAGAACUCGGUCCCUGCAAGGCGCUCACCCUAGAAUUCUGAUUGUAAUCGUGUUUUAAAUCACACCAUGCAAUCGCGGAAAGGACUCAUUUCCUUUUGAGGCAGAAGCUAAUAGUUUUUUGAUUGUUUAAAUGCAAUGAAAGCAGUUCAAACGAAUUUUAUUGCUGUCCCGGAAUAUUAGAAAUUAUUCACAAACAGAAGAAAAAAAAACACUCGGAAGAAACCUUAAAUGAUUGCUGGACAUAAUAUUGCGACGCACUUAAAGAUAUGUAAAAUUCACGGCCAUUUUGUUUUGUUUUUGUCGUGUUUUCCUCCGGGGAUUUGGCGCCCACAAGCCUUGUGCGAGCAAGCAGGUUGACGUGGGUUUGUGCGAGUGCUGGUGUUGCCGUUCCAUCAGUAUACGAAAGGACGUGGAGUUGUACCAGCGAUUUACACACUACAACUCAUUGGAUUUUUCGUUCCGUCUUGGUUAUUAGUUUUGGCAUUUUAUGUAUUUAAAAUGGUAAUAAAGGCUAUGA